GGAAUGCACCUCCAAAGGUUAGAAUGUACUGUGUUCCAUUGGAGAGAGGACUCCAAAUUUUAGGCACAUGAUAUGACUAUCACAUUGAAAUGCUUUUGAAUUAAAAUUGACGUCACUUUGACAUUACAUAUAAAAUUUCGUCGGUAAUCACUCUGGCUUUGUAAUCUUAUCUUUGAUCUACGUCGAGGUACUGGGUAGUCUGAUGAUUAGUCAUACUCAAACGGUGGUAACUGUAUCAAUCAAAAUGAACGUUCUGUAUUCAUUCUUAUUGAGUUAGUAAAUCAAUACAAAAAUCAAAUCAAAUCAUGCGGCGACAAUGGAGUCGUAAUAGUGCGGAUGAGGAAGACUCUGUUUCCAUGCCGUUGAACAGAAAGAGGAUUCGAAGCGUAGUUAGUCUGAAUAGAUAUUUGGAGCAUAGUAUUCAUGAAGACAUUGUAGAAGAUGAUACGAGUAGCCUGUGCAAUGAUAUCAUGGCCAGAGUGCCAUAUGCCACUCUUAUAGCAACUAUAAUGUGUUGCUUAGGAGUUGGUAUAUUUUGUGGUACCAUGUAUCGUGGCGCUACUCUUGCCUCGUUGAUGUUGGAUCAGGUAUUCCACCUACGAUUGAGCUGGCUGGAGGCUGUCCAACUCAUUUUUGCCAUUGUCGGAGCAAGUAUGGCUGCCUUAGGAUUCAUGAUUCUAUGUGUUGGUUGCCUAGCAACAGGUGCUACAAGACACAGGGUCUACCGAGCCUGGAGGUCCAGAGUUGGUGGACGGAUUUCCUGUGCAGUUUUUAUGACAAUAACUUACAUCCUUCAACUUGGCUGGUUACUUAUAUUCGCAUUUCUUGUGAUUGUAACACUGAUCUUCAGUAUGUUUUGGGGUAUGUGCAGUCACCCGAGAGUUCAGUCGCUAGAUCAGUGCAUUGAUUUCACACAGUUCGAUUUCCUGUUUCCAAACAAUACGCGACGAGAAGAUAUGAUGGUGUGCGGUUCGCAAGAAGUGAAGCUGUUUUGCAAGGAUUACGUUGAAAAAGCCGAAGUAAUGUUCAUACUUGCCACAGUUGCCUCAUUACUGGUUGUUCUUAGUUUAAUUCAUUACUUGAUGUGCCUUUCCGCAAACUACGCGCACAUUCGCGAUCACGAAAAGUUCCAAGAAUUACAGGAACUUCAGUACCUCCAAGAUCCAGAUGUAGACUCACCACAGCCACCGAUGGGUUCUGCUCAUUCAAAGAAUAGAUACUAGGAUACGGCCCGCGGGAUCUUUGCUACUCAUCCACUAUAAAAUAAUCAUAUCUGUGAAUCCAUUACUACCAUUCCUUCUCCAUCCGCUUUCUUCCGUCCGACCCUCUGAUGUGUUCUGAUGUAAGAUUAGGAUUUACAGUUUCCAUCAACACUAUUUGCUCACUGACAAUCGCAUCGAUUCGCUGAUCAAAGAUCUUGCGGGAAUAUAGUACCAUGCCGUCCAUGAUUUGUAAAUGUAAGUAAUAUAAUAUCGUUUGUGUUCUUUAUUAAAUUUAAAUCGAAAAAAACUGAAGAAGCGGGCUGUUGCAACCCGCGAUAUAUACCUUGCCUGGUUAUUAUAGUAUAUAAGACAUGGUAAAACAAGUACAUAUCUUAAUUGUUUAUGCAGGUAUAAGGUCAUGAAUUAUAUAAUUAUAGUAUUAUAAGUGACUGAUGAUCGUUUCAAUUUGCCUACAAAUCAGCAGCUAAUGCAAAGCACUGAUUGACCAGUGUUUCGCACAAAUCUCAUUCCAGUAUUUUUUCCUCAUCUGAUAAUGUUUACGAAAAAUUUCUGUAUUAAUGUCGUACGAUCUGCAACAUGAUCAUUGGCACUCAUAUUCAUAAUAUAGGUAUAAGAUUAUUGCUACUAUUUUUGUACUACCUACAGAUCUACUUAGUGUAGAGGAACUGUGGGCGUUAGAUAUUCCAGGGCAGCCUAAUACAACCAUAUUACUGAUAUCAAGACAGCAGCAAAUACUGCUGUACCAGUGCAAGUAUAGAUAUUUGACCAAUUAUAGUUAGGUAGCCAUAAGAAAAAAAAGAAAACAUUUCAAAAUGUUAUAUACGUUGAAAUUCGUGUAACGAAUAAUUGAAUAUCAUAUCGACAUUUAUAAGAUUUCGGUGUACCAAGAUGUGUGAUUACUCUUUUGAGAUAUUUUAUAAAUGAUGUAUUACCACGCAUUUUAUACGAGUAAUAAAAAUGAUACAGAUUAA